UAAGCAAUACCAAGGUGUAACCAUUCCUGUGCACCCACUGAUCCAGUGUUAAACAAGAGCCCGUCUCUGUCUUUUUAAGACUCCAGGGUCUCUCUCAAGUGUGCUUGACAUAGUGAGACACUUGAGAUCUAUGAUGGCUGCCUUGCUCAAAUUGUCGAUCAUCCUUGCGUUGUGCCUCCUGUGGAGUGGUGUGGAAGGUUUCGCACCUUCUGAGUGGACCAAGGCUUCAGCUACAUUCUAUGGUGGAAGUGAUGCCUCUGGAACUAUGGGUGGAGCUUGUGGUUAUGGUAACUUGUACUCGACGGGGUACGGAACCGAUACUGCAGCUCUGAGCACAGCUCUGUUCAAUGAUGGGACGUCUUGUGGGCAGUGCUUUAAGAUCAUGUGUGACCACCAGUCCGACUCCAGGUGGUGCAUCCAGGGCACUUCAGUGACCAUCACGGCCACCAACUUCUGUCCUCCAAACUAUGCCCUCCCCAAUGAUGACGGUGGCUGGUGCAACCCGCCUCGCCAGCAUUUCGACAUGGCACAGCCUGCGUGGGAGAAGAUUGGUAUCUACAGAGGAGGAAUUGUGCCGGUUUUGUACCAAAGGGUCCCAUGCGUGAAGCAAGGUGGAAUAAGGUUCACCAUCAACGGGCGAGACUACUUUGAACUUGUUCUCAUAUCAAAUGUGGGAGGCAGUGGAUCCAUUCAGUCCAUGUCCAUCAAAGGUUCAAGCACUGGCUGGUUAGUGAUGUCAAGAAAUUGGGGUGCAAAUUGGCAAUCCAAUGCCUAUCUAAACGGCCAGUCUCUCUCUUUCAAAAUAACAACAUCUGAUGGGCAGACCCUUGUCUUCCCGGAUAUAGUCCCAUCAAAUUGGGCAUUUGGACAAACUUUCUCCAGUCUUCUCCAGUUCUCCUAGAAGGUUAGGGAUGCAAGUUUCAAGAUCUAGAUUGGCAGAGGCGUGCUUAUAAUUUUCUUAGAGUAGCCCGCCAGUUAAUCAUUUUCUUAUGCGAUCAAAGAAGGGAGUAAACCGUCAGCCGAAUACUAGGGUAUGAAGAUGGAUGGCAUAAAAUUCAUUUGAUGAGAAGGUCAAAGAAGUGGAUGUUAAGGAACAUGUAGCUCUUCCAAUGUACUCCAAUUAUCUUUAUCGAUGUAAAAUCCUUUUCAUGAUAUCAUCAUUUGAUGAGUCUGUGAUAUAACAAUAAUGAAAAAAAAAAUUGCUGAUUGGGAA